ACCUAAUUUUGUUAAAGGUAUCCUAUCGGUGUUCUGAGUUAUAUAGCGUGUUAUAGUCUCUUUAGUAAAUAAGUAAAGUUCAAAAUACUAACAGUAUAUUUUGAAAUAAACAUCCACCGAUGAAUCGCUUUCGGACGAGCUUUCCGGCAGUAAGCCGAGAACUGCUGAACUGGUUUCCCGGUCAUAUGGGCAAAGGUAUGAAGCAAAUGCAGCAGAAGCUGAAAGAGGUCGACUGCGUAAUCGAAGUGCAUGAUGCACGCAUACCGCUUUCGGGUCGAAAUUCCGAGUUCCGCUAUACAAUCAGCGGUGUUAAGCCGCACAUUCUGGUGCUGAACAAAAAGGAUAUGAUUGAGCGGCGUGCUCAAAAAAGGAUAGCUGAACGUUUGCUACAGGAAGAGUCUCAUGCCAAUCGUGUCCUGUUCACGAAUUGUAAGGAUCAAUCAUGCGACGGCAUCCGCAAAGUGAUGCCUUUGGCACAGGACCUUAUACUAAGCUCCAACCGUUUCAACAGAUCGGACAAAAAAGAGUACUGUAUAAUGAUUAUCGGCGUUCCAAAUGUGGGCAAAUCUUCGCUGAUAAAUGUUUUGCGCAAUCGUCACCUAAACAAACGAGGCGCUUCUCAAGUGGGAGCCAUAGCGGGCAUCACACGGAGCGUUCUGCACAAAAUCAAGAUUUGCGAAGACCCGCUAGUCUAUUUGUUAGAUACCCCCGGUAUACUCAAGCCAAAUAUUGCCGACACCGAAACGGGUCUCCGAUUAGCUCUGGUGUCCUGCCUUCAAGAUCAUUUGGUUGGAGAAGAGGUGAUAGCAGAUUAUCUACUGUAUCUAUUAAACAAGAGGGAAAAUUUCAAAUAUGUAGAUGUGAUGGGGUUGCGAGAGCCCUCCGAUUCAAUUGACGAAGUUCUACUUGUGGCAGCUCAACAUCUAAACCGGACAGUGCGGAUUAAAAAUUUCGAUAGAACGAUAAUGAUACGACCGGAUGUAAGUUAUGCUGCCAAGCAUAUGAUCAAAGCCUUCCGAACCGGUGUUUUCGGUAAAAUACUUAUUGAUAGCGAUAAAUUGGAAUGA